AAAGAAUCAUGGCGAGUCGUGUUCUUCUGGUUUGCGGGCUUUUAGCUCUCUUUGUUGGGUUGAAGGCACAACAAUGUCCGUCUCAGUUCACUCGUGUGGGGAAAAAAUGCUAUUACGUAUCUUUGACUAAGGCCAAUUGGCAUGUGGCUGAACGAGGCUGUCGGAAGCUCGGGGCUGAGCUAGUGGUCUUCGAUAACGAGCAUGACUUACUUCUUACAACCGAAUAUCUCAAGAAUUUGGGACUUCAGUUCACCGAUGAGUGGCGCCAUUCCGUGUGGGUGGGAAUCAAUUGUCUGGGAAUCCGUCGAAACUUCCGAUCAGCCAAGACUGGAGACGUUGUAGGGUACAUGCCUUGGGUGCCCAGAGAGCCAAAUAACGCAUCCCCUGAAGAGGAUUGCGUGGGUUUCGCCAACUAUAAUAAUGCCUAUGGGUAUCAUGAUAUUGAGUGCAAAGUGGAGUUCCCUUAUGUGUGCGAGAUUCCUGAAAUUAAUAUUCAAGAAGACUAUCUUUGCCUUAAGCGUGAGCUUUUUUUGGAGGCACGUCUUUAAGAUCACCCAAGCUUCAUGUAUUAAAAAAUGAUUGAUUUAA